GCAACCUUUUCCCCCAAAAAUAGAAGGGCACUUCAGCCCUGUUACUUGAAUUAGAAACACGAUCUGUUGUAAUGGCGGGUUACGGAGUGUUUCAGUCCUCGCCGUCUUCUUCGGACCUCUCUCCGACUUCAAUUACAGCCUCCAAGAUCUUUGGCUCCCAAUUGAGAUUCCUGGAAAUUGAGCUGAGUCACUUGCGAAUUUCGGGGUCUUUAAAAAGAAGUUUGACUUUAAGAGCAAAGGCAUCAAGCGAUUCUACACAUCGAGUUCAGAAAGCCAUUGAUAGCAAGCCGAAAGUAGCAGGCUCGACUGAUGAGGCAUCCCAUCAUUUCGAGGAGUUGAGACAGAGGUUUCUCGGGUUCAAACAAGAUAUUUUUUUGAAAAACUUAGAUCACUACCAAAAGCUUUCUGAUGCCCAAGCACCUAAGUUCAUGGUGAUCGCUUGUGCAGACUCGCGAGUCUGUCCUUCGAGAAUUCUAGGAUUUCAACCCGGAGAAGCCUUUGUGGUCCGAAAUGUGGCGAAUUUGGUGCCACCUCAUGAGAGUGGACCUUUGGAGACGAAUGCUGCUCUUGAGUUUGCUGUUAACUCUCUUGAAGUCGAAAAUAUACUCGUUAUUGGUCACAGCUGCUGUGGAGGAAUUAAAGCCUUGAUGAGCAUGGAGGACGAUGACCUUACUUCAAGUAGUUUCAUCGAAAAUUGGGUGGUUGUCGGGAAACCUGCCCGGGUGAAAACAAAGGCUGCUGCUUUGAACCUCGGCUUUGAUCAGCAGUGUCGACACUGUGAGAAGGAGUCGAUCAACAGGUCGUUGGUGAACUUGUUGACGUAUCCGUGGAUCGAAGAACGCGUGAUGAGGGGGAAGCUCUCGAUCCAUGGAGGUUACUAUGACUUCAUCAAUUGCACUUUCGAGAAAUGGACACUCGACUACUAUGGGGGAAGUAGCAAGUCGGGCGAUAGUGAAUACGGUAUUAAAAAUCGGGAAUUAUGGACUUGAUUUUUAUUUCAACAGGCAGUUUUUGUGUUGCCAUUCUCUUGCUCUUGCCUUUUAAGACAUAAAAGAUUUGUUACAUUAUCACGUGUGGCCUUUUGUAAUAACUUUUUGAUCAUGUUAUGAACAUUGAACUAUGAUUAUGUUGUCUUGUUUACAAAACAUUUAUGUAACUUAUGAUUUACUCCUUCAGUCCCACCGUCCAAGUUCAAAGGA